CGUGCAGAGGAGAAGGAGAGAGGAGAGCCUCACCUGGGGAGCUGACAGGUAGAUCACAGCUGCAGGAGGACCAAAGGUUUCUAGAGCUGGACCCAGACUCUCCCGGGGCAGGACAUGGAUUAAAGUCUUCCUUUAGGUCCGCAGAGCCAUGGUUCCCUCAGAGAACUACUGACAGGAGAUGUUCGCUCUGAUGACGAUGAUGAUGAUGAUGAUGAUGGUGCUUUACCGGCUCAGCCUCUGACCUGACCCCGAUCUAAGAUGCCACCGGGCCCUGCAGCUCGGCACCUGGCUCGGAUCGUUAAUAACCCAGGAUAACUUCAACUCAGAGACACACCAGGAGCACCAGCGCCGGGCCGGGAGAGAGAGCCCGGGAGAGAGAGCCGAGCGCCGGGGAGGAGAGGCGCCGUGAGCCGCUGAACUGCGGAGGAGGAGAGGUCCUCAGAAUGCAGCUCCCAAGGCUCCCCAUCCUGUCGGUGCUCCUGGUGCUGCUGCUGGCAGCAGGUCCGUGCAUGGCGGCGGCCCUGCUCAAGGGAGAUGGACGCAGCAUGCUGGAUCUGGUUGGUCGGUACCCGAGGACAAGGCCAGAGUCGGGGCUGGUGGGACAUGGGGUCAAAAUACCAGAGAGAGAGAGGACGUCACAGCACAGACCAGAGAGUCAGCACAGAGAUUCUCAACACAAGGACAAGUUCAUCAUACACCUGACAGGUCCUCUGUACAUCAAUCCAAGGUGCAAAAAACAUUUCAACAGACUGUACUACAACACCAGAGACUGCACAGUGCCUGCCUAUUAUAAAAGAUGUGCUCGUCUGCUGACUCGCUUGGCCAACAGCCCUCGCUGCUCCAAGAGAUAAACACUGAGAGACGUGGUCUGAGACUAAAAGGAGGUCAAAAGAAGCAGCAGCUGCAGAGGAAGAAGUGGUCCCACCAAUAGAAAAUCCUCUGGUAGUUAACAACAGACUCCUAGAAGCACUCACCAGCAGAUGAAGCUGUGUUUCUGCUCCAGUCUUGGUCCAUCUGCACACAUUCUUGUCAGAUAAAUAUUCAACAAAGUGGAAUUUCUCAAACUCAACUGGAAAAUUUGGACAUUGUGUCACAACAGUUAACAAGCAUGGAGAUUCUCCAAAUGUUUCACAUGAAACGUUGGAUCCCGACUCCAAGAGCCCACUCAACUUGGCGUCUUGCAGACGGGCCUAGAAUAACAUCAAUAUUCAGUUUUAAAAAUAACUACAGUAGUAGAUUAAUGAUACUCGCUGUCAAAAUGAUCCACAGUAACAAAAGUACCAGUGUGUUUCAAAACCGCAGAACUUCAGGCGUAUUUGUUGAGAGAAAGAGUGGUCUAAAUUGCACAAAUACAUUGGCAACAUUUAGACAUGUGUUGGUUUUCUCCAGCUUCAUCCUCCUGCUAAAAUGUUAGCACAUCAGUUUCAUCUGAAAACUUGGACUUUUGUCACAUUCUUGCUGUUUUUUCAGACAACUACAGCAUUGUUAGUGCCUAAAAUAUAAACCUUUAAAACAGCACCAACUCCAUCUGACACAACAGAUACAUAAACAAACUCCUGUGUUCAGAAAGGCAGGUUCAUUUAGCACUAUACAUCAGUCUAAGAAAGAAUAAAAAUACUGAAGAGUAUAUGCAUCAUUUAAUAAAUACUAAACAUUCCAUCCUUGCCUUCAAGAUAAUGUUAUCCUUUAUUGCAUAUAAAACAUUCCAUCCUUGGCUUCAUGAUGAUGUCAUCCUUUGUUGCCUAUAAAACAUUCCUCAAUGCGCUUAAAGAUGGUGUCAUCAUUUGAUGCCUAUAAAACAUUCCAUCCUUGCGUUCAAAAUGAUGUCAUCAUUAAAUUCCUAUAAAACAUUCUAUCGUUGCCUUCAAGAUGAUGUCAUCAUUUAAUGCCUAUAAAACUUUCCAUAUAUAUGCUUCAAGAUAAUGUCAUCAUUUAAUGCCUAUAAAACAUUCCAUCCUUUUCUUCAAGAUGAUGCUAUUUUUCAAUGCCUAUAAACAUUGCAUCAUUGCCUUCAAGAUGGUGUUAUCAAUUAAUGCCUAUUAAACAUUACACCCUUGCCUUCAAGAUAAUGCCAUCCUAUAUUGCAUAUAAAACAUUCAAUCCUUGUCUUCAUGAUGUUAUCAUCCUUUAUUGCCUAUAAAAUAUUCAAUCCUUGCCUUUAAGAUAAUGCCAUCCUUUAGUGCCUAUAAAACAUUUCAGCCUUGCCUUCAAGAUGGUGUCACCCUUAACGCCUAUAAAACAUUCCUCAAUGCGCUUCAAGAUGAUGUCAUCAUUUAAUGCCUAUUAAACAUUCCAUCCUUGCCUUUAAGAUGAUGUCAUCAAUUAAUGCCUAUAAAACUUUCCCUAUGUGUGUUUCAAGAUGAUGUCAUUGUUUAAUGCCUAUAAAACAUUCCAUACUUGAAUUUAAAUGAUGUCAUCAUUCAAUGCCUAUAAAACAUUCCAUCCUUUUCUUCAAGAUGAUGCAAUUUUUCAAUGCCUAUAAACAUUACACCCUUGCCUUUAAGUUGAUCCCAUCCUUUGAUGCCUAUAAAACAUUACAUCCUUGCCUUCAAGAUCAUUUAAUGGCUAAAAAUCAUUCCAUAUAUGCCUUCAAAGAUGGUUUUACCCUUUAACACAAUGAAAAACAUUCCAUCCUUGCCUUCAAGAUUCUGCCAACAUUUAAUUCUGAUCAAUCAUUCUAUUCUUGACUUAAAACAUGUCAUCCUUUAAUUCCCAUAAAACAAUCCAUCCUUGCAUUUAAAGAUGAUGCCACAAAGAAUAAACACAUUCCAUCCUUGUCUUUAGCAUCCUCGCCAGUACAGGCCUACCCCCUUUCACUGUGAAGCCAUGCCAACCAAUCACCUAUUAUAACCUUAUUAUGAAUGUUCAAGGUGUAACAUUACCUUCCUAGUCUUUUCUUACCCUGUAAAAAUUAUUUUGGAAUGUGCUGCAGGCUUCACAUUCAACUUGGCCUUAGAGAGUGUGCAGAUUUUCAAGGCUGUGUUCAUUUAAAUGAACCUUUGUCCUUCUAUUUGAUGUUGAGGGUUUUUAUUUUUGUUACUGUGGAAUCAAACAGGAGUCAGUAUCCUCUGAUUUUAUCCAAAUUAAACAUUCUAGUACCUCCACAACCCUGUGUCUGUUAGUUACAAUACUUUCACUACAGCCUUAAACAAAUCAGAAGUAGCAGCAAAGAUCUAAUAAAUACAACCUCAUGUCCAAAAAUAUUGGGACGCUUUGAUAAAUGUAAAUAAAGUUGGAACAUUUAAAGCCCAUAUUUAAUCUAAACAAGCACAAAGUCGACAUAUCCAGUGUUAUCUUUAGUGGGAAAGGCUAGAACCAGAGAAAGAGGAGAAGGAUGGACAGGAGCGUGAUCCUCACUAACAGCUCCUGGGACAUGGGCCUGGCCAACCUGGAGGAGCUGGUUUCAGGAAGUUCACCGGGGACACUCUUCAUGGAGGAGGGAGCGCAGCAUAAAUAUCUUUUGCCCUCACUCUGUCUUUCCUCUGCCUCCCUCUCUAAAUCUGCGUUUGUGUUUUUUGGAGUCGACUCACUCAGAUCCACGUUGACAGGAAACGUACAUUCAGCCCGGCACGUUCAGACUCUAAGGAAAAUGGAUUUCUAUAUUCUAAGAGGAUUUUCUGGAGCUUCACGAUUUUCCAAGGAAAACAGGAUUCGGGUCUGAGCUCAGAGUGGAGAUGAAAAUCCGAUUUGAUGUGAAAUGAACUCAAAGUCUACUCAGAGACCGGGGCCGGGGUUUUGUUAUCUCCUCUCAGACUGAAGGACCUGGCAUGUUUCUGCUGGACUACUCUCCUGAUGGACCAAGAACAGGAUUGAGUUUCCUGAUAUUUGAAACAUUUUCGUUUGUAUUUCAAUGUUCAUUAUGCCUCAUAAUACCUAAUAUUAUUAUUAUUAUUAUUAUUAUUAUUAGACUAUAUUUAUAUUGUUUAAGCUGCAGCCUGAGUGCAAUAUGUACAUAAGAGAGAGGAAUAAAGGCUCAACUUUCAUAUGGAUAAUAAUAAAAUCAGACUCUUUGUUAUAGUCUUCCCUAACUCCAUCCACCAGGCCGUACCAUGCUCCAGGGGUUAACGCUGUUCCUCCUAUCUACAUGGUUCCUAAACGUGGAUGUGCAGCAGAACUGAAAGUUGUAUCAAACCCUCCAGUUCCUCAUUAAUAGGAUCAUUAAAGUGGUGUUUUUAUCCAGAUAAAUCUGGAUGAUUUUCAAAUCUUAACUAAUGUUCGAAAAUAGAGAUAUAAAAGCAAGUAGCUGGUUAAAUAAACUUAAUGUUUUAAAUCAAACAGAACUAUGGCUGAGAAGAUCAAAAGCAACCUAUUAAGUCUGCUGUGAAAUAUUUAAUGGCUAUUAUUAAUUUAUUAUAGUUCACCUUCAAAUACAAAAACAUUUAAAACCAUAUAAAUACACUGAACAUUAGCGACCAGAGUAGAAAACAACAGGUUAUUCAUUCAGAAAUCUAUGAGAGCUAAC